AUGGAUCAACCAUCUUUUACUAUGGCCGAGCGGCUGUAUAAAAAGGCGUACUCUGCUUCGUUCUGGAGCCAGAACGAUUCUAAACACGGGUUUGACUCAGAGACCACGACUAUUGUGCCGCAUCUUGCCGAUGCGCCCUUGUCUUUGAGACAGAAGGCACACAUUUUGCUAGGGGUUUGCAAAAUCAUCUCGUCAAAUGGGCGAAUACUGAGUAUAGAGGUUAUACGGACCUGGAAAUCGAUGAACAUUGUCAAAUCUAAACCUAAAACAGACCCGCUACUGCUACCUGCUCGAAGGUCUCGCUCCCACACUCUCCCAGAGAACCCGCUCAUCAACUUAGAGCUGGAAAAGGACUGGCCACCUUAUAAACUGCCCAAACUCGCCUACACCCAGACACCGUCGCAUUCCAUCAGCGAUUCUAUUCGGUUAACAGACUUCCCCUUGGACCAAACCGAGUCCGACUACUCUUCUGUCACAGAAAGUAUGCUUUCAUACCAGAGUGAUUUAUUUGGUAACGCGAAUCAGGUCUUGUUUGAUCUGACGGAACAUUCCGAUACUCCUUUCAACCAAGUAACGCCAAUUGCUUCGCCAGUUACGUUCAGUGAACCAGUCUACCCCGAUGAACCGAUCGAGCCUUUAGAUUUCAGCGAACCGGAUGAAACAGAGGACCCUACAGAAGCAAGACAAGAUCCCUCAAGGAAAUCUAAAGUGACUAUUCAAAAAGAGAUAUUUUAUUCCCAAGAUAAACUAAAUGAGUGGUUUGAUGGCUAUGAUGAGUUCUGCAAAAAUGCCUCUCGGCCAUCGAAGAAAAUAACAUUUGAACGAUUGUUUUGGGGUCGAGAAACUUGGUCUGCUAGGCAUAAUCGAAAACGCAGAGAGGCUGAGCUGCUGAAGAAAAACAAAGCAGCACCACCGGCCAUGCCGACACCAGACCUGAUAACACCAGACCAGAGCUCUGAUGCGGAUGAAUCCCCUCAUCUAGACGCUUUCGACAACCAAUUUGAUAUAAUGGAUGAUGCAGACAACAGUGAUAUUGAAUUUGAUGAGACACCGGGAAGUCCAAUGCUGGAACUUCGAAAGGGGGAGUUUGAACACACCCUGGAUACAGUGGGUCUUCUUCCUGAAUCGUGGGAUGAAUUACCGCCACACCCACGUAUCUCUGGGAGCUUUCAAAGAGACCAAAACGAACUUCAGGGUUUCUUACAACAGUUGACUGGCCAAGAUGCGUUGAUGGCUGGCCGAGUCACAGAAGAGGACGAUGUGGCAAUAUUGGAAAAAGUAAACACCCUUGGUGGGAAAUGUCUGUUUGAUCAAGUCCACACAGCAACUCGUCUGAGUAAAGGGCAUGCGUUUUUCUCGGUUUUGCGACUCGCUCAACAAGGCAAACUAUCGCUGAACCAACCAGACGUGUUCGGAAAAAUAACGAUCCAGUCCUCAUUUAGACCGCAUUAA